CAUUAAAUAAACAAAAGUCAAGGGGCAAAUUAGUAAACCAAAUUAACAUUAAAAUCCCAUAUAAACAACAUUUCCAAUCACAAAAAAGAACCAACACCCCACAAUCUUAAUUGCUUAUAAACACUACACAAAAAUGUUUAGUUCCACCAAUUUCAAUACCUCACACCCUGUUCCAAUUUUCACACUAAAAUCAUCAUCUUCGUCAUCUUCACCUCUUACCUCUUCAAAGAUCAAAAACCUUAUCCGUACUCUCAUAAUUUCUCGUUUGUGUCGUAUCAUUGGUGCAAUAUCCAAAUUAAAAUCUACUUUAGUUGAGAUUCUUACUAAGAAAAAAAAAUCCAAAAAUAUUCACUUCCUUUACCCUUCAAAUAAAAAAUAUUGUAGAAAAACAAAGAAGAUCAUUAUGGGGUCAUUUAGGCUUCACUACAAUUGGUCUUCAAGAUCUUCUUCGAUUGUUAUGCCGGUUCCAUCUCGAGUUUAUGAAGGGUUGCCUAAAGCUGUUAUUUCAGGUAAUGGAGAUUGUUGUCAUGAUUCUGAGCUAGCAGGAUAUUUGCAGUGGCUUGAGGAGAAUGAUGAUGUUGAUGGUUAUAAUAUUAAAGUGAGUGAUGAAAAAGAGGAGGAUAUUUUUAAUAAGGAUGUGGAUAUGUUGGCUGAAAUGUUCAUUGCAAAUUGUCAUGAGAAGUUUAGGGUUGAAAGGGAGGAGUCUAAUAGAAAGUAUCACGAAAUGGUGGCUAGGACUUUGUGAUAAUAAAAAAACUAUGUUUAAUAUGUUAGUUUAUGUUACAUGAAUAAUAUUUUAAGUCACUUGUUAAAUAUAUAAUAUAUAUAUAUAUAUAUAUAUAUAUUAUAUAUAUAUAUAUAUAUAUAUAGCAUCUAAUGGAUGGAUCUAUGUGUAUUGAAGGUUGUACGUAAGUCUUAGUUCAAUCUUCAAACGUCGAUAUCGUUAGACUUGACAUCUUUAUUCAAGUUCGAAUCUGAGAUCUUGCAGAUGUGCGUGUGAGUUUCAGUGAUCUUUAUUACUCUGUGUACAAACCAAAAAUUGUGCAUUGAAGGCUAGUUGUAUAUUUGCCUUUUACUUUUAAAAUAUGAAAAGGGUGAGGAAAGAUAGCACUUGGAUUGUAUGUAAUAGUAGGUUCACGUCGUAGACAAUCUUGUCUGUUAAUUUGAAAUCAGAUAGAUUAAAUUAUACAUCAAUAAAAUAAGUAUAUCGAUCUCAAUCAUCGAUUUUAAAUUGAACAGUCCCAAUCUAUUAUAGCUUCCUAUUGUAACGGUGGAGUAUCUGAAGUCGGAAAGGGAGGGGGUUGACCAAACAUGGAAGAUGUGAUGGAUGAAGAAUUGUGCAAUACUUUUGUUCAUAGUUAUGCUGUUAUAGUGUAAUUUUAUGUAUUAUUCUAGAAUGAAAUUGCAGUUUCAAAUUAAUAUACUCUCUGAUCUACAUAUUUCUAUUUC